UAGCAGAAUUGAACGUCUUACAAGACAGCGAUGGCUUUUUCUCUAGAAUUUGAAUAUGGAGGCCACGGGGACAGAUGAAGUAGAAAAGAUAAAAUCAAAGUUUAUGUCUGCAUGGCACAACAUGAAAUACAGUUGGGUGUUGAAAACAAAAACUUACUUCAGUAGAAACUCUCCAGUCUUUCUGCUGGGAAAAUGUUACCACUUCAAAACCAACGAAUCUGGUGAACUCUCUACAGAUGGGUCCAAUUUUGAUAAAAUCAACACAGAGAUUUCAGGAAAUGUUGAGGAGUUUCGUAAAGAUUUUAUUUCUAGAAUAUGGCUGACUUACAGAGAGGAGUUUCCUCAGAUAAAGGGGUCUGCGUUAACCACAGACUGUGGUUGGGGUUGCACACUGAGAACGGGUCAGAUGCUGCUGGCUCAAGGUCUUAUGCUUCACUUUCUUGGUAGAGCCUGGGUCUGGCCAGAUGCGUUGGACAUUGACAAUUCAGAUUCUGAAUCAUGGACAGCCCACACAGUGAAAAAGCUGACAGCAUCAUUCGAAGCAUCGCUUACAGCAGAGAGAGAACCCAAGAUCCUGUCAAAUCAUCAUCAGGGAACGUUAAAGAGAAACUGUGAUGACAAUGAAAUGAGAAAUGAUGUUUAUCAUAGAAAAAUAAUUUCUUGGUUUGGCGACUCUCCGCUGUCAGCUUUUGGCUUACAUCAGCUAAUAGAAUAUGGAAAGAAGUCUGGGAAAAUUGCUGGAGAUUGGUAUGGGCCUGCAGUUGUUGCACACAUUUUAAGAAAAGCUGUUGAAGAAGCGAGAGACCCUGAGCUACAAGGAGUAACAGUCUAUGUUGCUCAGGAUUGUACAGUCUACAGUUCAGAUGUUAUUGACAGACAGUGUUCUUUUAUGGAUUCUGGAAAAGCAGACACAAAAGCUGUAAUUAUAUUAGUUCCUGUGAGACUCGGUGGAGAGAGAACAAACAUGGACUACUUGGAGUUUGUAAAGGGAAUUUUAAGCCUUGAGUAUUGUGUUGGUAUUAUUGGUGGCAAGCCCAAGCAGUCGUAUUACUUUGCUGGAUUUCAAGAUGACAGUUUGAUUUACAUGGAUCCUCAUUACUGCCAAUCUUUUGUAGAUGUCAGCAUAAAGGAUUUCCCUCUUGAGUCAUUCCACUGUCCUUCUCCCAAAAAGAUGUCAUUCAAAAAAAUGGAUCCGAGCUGCACAAUAGGAUUUUAUUGUAGAACUGUGCAGGACUUUGAGAAGGCUUCUGAAGAAAUAACGAAGAUGCUGAAAUCUUCAUCGAAGGAGAAAUACCCCUUGUUUACUUUUGUAAAGGGUCAUUCUAGAGACUAUGACUUUGCUUCCAGUCCACUCCGUGAAGAAAAUGACCUCUUCUCUGAGGAUGAAAAGAAAAGAUUAAAAAGAUUUAGUACAGAGGAGUUUGUCUUGCUUUAAGGACAUUUUACACAAGAUUAUUGGCAGCUGUCCAGGAGAACACUUGCCUUUAAAAAAAUAAAGAAAAAAUGUAUGUGUCCCCCUCCCCCAGAAAGGCAAGCUUGUGCUGAAAUUGGUCUAUUUUCAUAAAGAUUAUAAUGUUUUAUAUGUUAACAGUCUUUAAAAUGUCAUUUAUAAAUGUACUUACCAAUUUUUUUUUUGUUGUUCACUACUAGUUGGAUGAGUUUAAUGUCACAUUGUGCUAGUGAAGACAGGCAUUGUUUAGAGCCAGGGAUGCUGAAAUGUGCCUACGUCCUAGUCUUGCCCUCUUAAAAAACUUGGCCAGUCCCUAAAGCCUGACUAGUGGCCCUAAUGUUGUGUCGAUCCGUGACAAAUCCUGAGCAGAGGUUGCCAGGUAUGUGUGGGUUUUGUGUCACGGACGCAUAUCCAUAGGUUUUGAGACCAUGUUAUUUCUGUUUGUAAGCAAAAUUUGAGUUCUGUGUUGAUGUGGUAAGGGUAGAGUUCUCAUCUGUCUUGCUACGUAAGCCCAAAUAAUAGUUAAUGCUGUAAUCGUGACACACAUCCUGAGCAGCACAGUGUGAGAAAGGUAAGUUUGAUAUAUCAGUAGUAAUUGUCAGUUGCAAUACUGACAUAAUUAUAUAGGCUGAAUUGUGAGUUAAGAUACUAUUUAGCUGUAUGAUUUUAUAAUGGUUUCUCAUUAAGCUUGCUUUGGAGCCUUAAUAUGAGGAGUGAAGAUAAAGUAUCACCUUUCCCCACAAUUUUUAAAGGUUAUACUAUUAAUAUUAACUGCAACCAAUCAAAGCAGCUAAAGACAAUUAUUAGAAGAGAGCAGUGUUUGUUUCCUGUUUCAACUGCUAUAAUGUCGAGGCUUCUCUCCUAUUAGUGCAGCUUUUAAAUCAAAGCAAAUGGGGGAGUGGAUGUUAAAAAUUCUGGGCUGUGAUUUUUUUUUUUUUUUU